AUAAAACUGAUAAAUGAGGUGUUAACAUUUAUAAGAAAUAAAAUUGACCUAAUGAAUGAUGAAAGUUUAAUACAAAUUUGCACUUCGACGUUUGAUAAGGGUGAAAUUAAAAGUGCAAAAACCUUGCUUUUUCAAGCGGUGCCGGUGCCAAACAACGACAGUCUGCUCACAAGGAAAAGCAAAGGAAAUGCAGCGUUGGUUGCUGUUGCUAGGCGUAGUCGGGCUGGUGUCUACGGUGCCUACGUCCUUCGACGAGAUCACUCCGAGAGAUGGUGAAAGCUGCGGUUACGAUAGCUGUACCGAAGCAGAGCCAGGAGUCCUCAACGUACAUUUAGUAGCGCACACGCAUGAUGACGUCGGCUGGCUAAAGACUCUCGACCAGUACUACUAUGGAAGUCGAAACACCAUUCAGUCUGCCUGCGUCGAGUGUAUCCUGAAUUCAGUCGUGAAAGAACUAUGGUUAGACCCCAAAAGGAAAUUCAUCUACGUAGAAACAGCGUUCUUCUGGAAGUGGUGGGUGGCCCAGCCUGCGUUCGUGAAGUCCCAGGUUCACACCCUGGUGAGGCAGGGGCGGCUGCAGUUCGUAGGCGGGGCUUGGAGUAUGAAUGAUGAAGCAGCCAGCCACUAUCAGAGCACUGUUGACCAGUUCACUUGGGGACUACAAAAAUUAAAUGACACGUUCGGCGAAUGUGGGCGUCCGCGUGUCGGCUGGCAGAUCGACCCGUUCGGGCACUCGCGGGAGUUCGCCGCCAAUCUGGCGUCCAUGGGCUAUGACGGCCUGUUCCUCGGCCGCAUCGACUACCAGGACAAGGCUCUUCGGCUCAAAGAGCGAACUAUGGAGAUGCUGUGGCGAGGAAGCGACGACCUAGGCAAGUCAUCCGACAUCUUCACCGGCGUGCUGUACAACACUUAUGCACCCCCUACCGGCUUCUGUUUCGACGUGUUUUGCGAGGACGAGCCGAUUAUAGACGAUGUCUCCUCGCCUAUGUACAAUGCCGAUGCUAAGGUGGCAACGUUCCUAGAGGUAGCCGCAAACAUGUCGAAAGCCUACCGAACCAACAACAUCCUGGUGACGAUGGGGGAAGACUUCUUCUAUCAGGACGCGUCGCUGUGGUUUAACAACCUUGACAAGCUUAUAAAAUACACCAACCUAAAAGCGGCCAAGGAGAAUCUGAAGGUGAAGCUGUUCUACUCCACUCCUACCUGCUACUUGAAGGCAGUCAAGGAUGCCAACCCAACCUUACCCAUCAAGCAAGACGACUUCUUCCCGUAUGCAUCUUCCUCGACUGCCUACUGGACCGGCUACUACACCUCCCGCCCCACCACCAAGUGGAUGGAGAGAGAGGCCCACAACUAUCUACAGACCUUCAAACUGCUGCAAAGCCUAACGAGUCUACCCGAAUCCAACAUGGUCAGUCUGAAUGAACUAAAGAGUGCUGUGGGUGUGAUGCAGCAUCACGACGCCAUCACGGGCACUGAGAAGCAACAUGUGACGCAUGACUACGAGCGUAUCGUGGCGCGGGCGGUCGACGACGCCUAUAUCAUCGGCAACCAGGCUUUCAACAAGCUGCUCAUGCCAGAGGCGAGUCUAGUCUAUGAACGCUGCGAGUUCAACCAAUCCCAAUGCAGCGUCACCGAGCGCAGCCAGACCUUUGUCGUUACAGUGUUCAACAACCAGGUGAUGCCCAAAGCCUCGGCGAAGAUAGACUUGCCCGUCACCGGCGUUGGAUACUCAGUUUACGACGAGACUGGUAUUAACAUACCCUGCGAAAUACAGAAACUGUCAUCAGAAUACUUCUCAAUGCCAACCAGACAAUCCAACGCCACGCACAACCUAUGCUUCUUCGCGAAAAACUUGCCCGGGCUCGGUUAUAAAAACUUCUAUGUUAAAAAAGGUAUGAAAAAAAAGAGAAAAUCGGCGCGAGACAGCGACAGCAAAACGGUAACGAGCGACGAUGAAGGUUCGCGAGACAUAGUACUGGAGAACGACUACAUCACCCUAUCUAUCAACAAGGACAGCGGUUGGAUGAACUACACGUCCAGGACUGACGGCACUACGCUCAGCUUCCUUGCUGUGCCUGGCUACUACAUCGGCUGCGUGGGCAACAAUAGGGUAGCAGCCAACCGCUCGUCGGGCGCCUACGUCUUCCGCCCCAACAUGACCUCCACCCCGGUCCUCCACACCUUCCAUGACUUCCCCGUCACCAACGUCGUCCAGUCAGUGCUGCAGGAGGUCCACAUACACUACGAUGACUCUGUCUCUGUCACUGUCAGCUUGAAAGACGAUACUGUGUACUUUUCAACUAUUUUAAGCAUAGAAUUAGGCACAGAAUAUAUCCUUAGAUUCCAAACUAACUUGAAAAGUGAUGGCGCUUUUUAUACAGACUCAAAUGGUAGACAGAUGUUGAAAAGAAUUCGAAACACUCGCCCGCAAUGGAAUCUUACUUUAGCUGAACCGAUUUCUGGCAAUUAUUACCCAGUAGUUCAAGAGAUGUAUAUAGAAGAUGAAGAUUUGAGGGUAGUUGUAAAUGUGGAUAGGGCUAGAGGUGGCGCGUCGCUUGAAGAUGGCUGGCUUGAAAUUAUGCAGCAUCGUAGGCUAAAACAUGAUGAUGCUUUUGGCGUAGGAGAAGCGCUUAACGAAACUGUUGGAGGCAAAGGAUUGUAUAGCAUUGAUACUGUAAUGUUACAAGUCGUUUCUAAAACUAAAGAAAACUUAAUAAAUACUGCUGAAAAAAGUCUAAAAUUCUUCUCUGAGCCUCAGCUUUUUGUAGCAGAGGCACCUUUCAGUUUAGACAAAUUCAAAACUAUGACAAACGUAUACAGUUUUCUAAAAACUGAUCUUCCUAAAGGCGUUCAUUUGUUGACUUUGGAGCCGUGGAACAAUAAGAUUUUGAUACGUUUCGAAAAUUAUUUAGAUAAAGAAUUGUCCCCUGAUUAUGUUUCUGUAGAUUUGACUAAAGUUUUUAAUACUAUUGAGAUUAGAUCGAUAAAAGAAACUACUUUAGCAGCUAAUAUUUGGUUUGAAGACUAUAAACAGUGGGAAUGGAAUACAGAUGAAGAGUUUUCUGAAAGUUUUAACAAAGAGUAUGGGAACGAAAGCGUGAAUAGAGCCAAAGAGGGUAAGAAGUAUGAUGAUGAUGGAUUGAUUAUUAAACUGAGGGCCAAAGAAAUUAGAACGUUUGUGGCGGAGUAUGGUGUUAAAAACUAAAAUUUU